AUGGCCACUCAAUCACAAGUAGCAUUUGUUACUGACUUUGGUGGUUUGAAUGUUUAUCCAGCCAUUGACAAUCAAAUUAUAUAUCCAACAAACACACCUCAAAAACAAUCAACAACAUUUACGCAAAGCAACACCAGUAAUACACCAAUGAACAAUUCUCAAGUACCACCUUUUUCAAAUUCUCAACAAUCUACGUUUGUUUAUAAUUUUACUCCCUCUACACCUAACACAACUAACAAUUCCUAUUCUUGCUAUUGCAGCGGAUGCCAUCAGAAAGGCCACAACCGAGCAAAGUGUACAAACCCGCCCUGCGAUGGAAGUUGUACUAAAGAGGACUGUUCAGUCAAAAAAAAACGCAAAAAGGAAGCAGCAACAGCUCAGCGAGAAGAGAAUGAAAGAAAAAACAAGAGAAGACGCACCAAAGCAGCACAAGAAACUACCGGUCUAAACGGUCCCCAAUUCCUUUCCGCGAUUGUAGGACAAAUCAAAGAUCACAUUCAACCCAAAUGCAACAAUCAACCUCCCAAACGAAAAAUUAGCGAAAUAUCUUGCGAUGAUGUCCAAAGUGUUGCAGUAUCCCAAUCAUCAUCAAGCACUGUAGAUAUUACUGAUGAUUUUGCGGAAAUUGAAGAGAUGUUUGAACAACAACCAUCGUCUCCUCCUCCGAUACCGAACUUGAACAACGAUGUGAUUGCAUAUGAGCUUGAGAGGUUGCGAAAAGAAAAUGCAGAGAUGAAACAGCAAAUUCAAGCACUGCGUGAAAGUUUAGAUUGUGUUUAUUCGUUUAUAAAUAAUGCGGGAAAAGGAUUUGCAGUUUUUGCUGAUAAAUUUAAAACGUUAAAAAAUCCUUGCAACAAUCAAUAA